CUGACCCACAGAACAAAAAUCACUCUCCUCCCUCAUCGAUAUUUUCUAGGGUUUCAAAACCCUCACUCCAAAACCCAAAAAUGGCCAGACAAUCCGGCACCGUCAAGUGGUUCAACGACACCAAAGGCUUCGGUUUCAUCUCUCCUGAAGACGGCGGUGAAGAGCUCUUCGUUCACCAGUCGUCCAUUCGAACCGACGGUUUCCGCAGCCUCGGCGACGGUGAGUCGGUGGAGUUCGUCGUUGAGACCGGAUCUGAUGGCCGUACCAAGGCUGCUGACGUCACCGGUCCUAAUGAAGGUCCUGUUCAAGGAAGUACACGUGGCGGCGGCGGCGGCGGUGGUGAUCGUUAUGGAGGCGGCGGUGGUGAUCGUUAUGGAGGCGGCGGUGGUUACAACGGUGGAAGUCGUGGUGGACGUGGCGGCGGCGGCGGUUACGGUGGUGUCGGUGGUGACGGUUGUUACAAGUGUGGUGAGAGUGGACAUAUGGCUAGAGAGUGUUCUCAGAACGGUGGAGGCGGCGGCGGCGGUGGUAGGUAUGGUGGUGGAGGCGGUGGUGGUUACGGCGGUGGACGUGGUGGUGGCGGCGGUGGCGGCUGCUUUAAAUGUGGUGAAGAUGGGCAUUUUGCAAGAGAGUGCACUAGCUCUAACAACCGUUGAUCUGUUAUAGCAGAUGGUGGAUGAUGGAGGGUAAAUGUGUCUUUUGACAUUUACUUAUGGUUUUUGGUUUUUUGUGUGUUUAUGAAUGAAUUGGUGAACCGGAAGUCUGUUUUUGAUUUGGAUUUAGUGUUUUGGGUUUACUGCUUUAUUAGUUAUGAAAUGGUCACCGUUUAAAUUAGGGGAAAAGUUAGGGUUUAAAUGUUUAACUGCGGCAUAUGUUUAUUACAUAUUGGUGGUUUAAUACUUUAAUGAAGGCCCAUUUGUGAA